AUGGAUUUACAUAAUUUUUUUAUUUUCUUGUUCUGUACUGAACAAAAUGGCGACCGUGACAGGACCUGCAAAAGCCAGAAACAACAAUUUCGAAGUUGCAACCAUUUUGCCGAGCGAAGGACAAACAAAGGUCAUCGACACGUGCAUCCGUCCAGCCUUCUACACCUUCUUGGAGGACUACAAAGGGCUGUGACUACAUCGGAGCCCGUGCAACUAGACUUCCUCACGCCGGUCUACGUUUCAAGCAACAUCCCGAAGGAGCCUCACGCCUACGUGGAAGACAGCCAGCAUCGCCUAUUGGAACUGCUUUCUUUUUGUUGCUUCCUGCCUUUCUCAACCAUUAUCGGCGCAUCGGACAAGCAACAGUCGACUCGCGUGACGUCACCCUUUGUCUACGUGUAUGCAGCUACCUGUGCUCUUCACUCCAGUGACAAAUCGCCGCUUACUUCGCUACCGUCACCAAGCUUCCUGGACUGCAACGCCAAUCGACUCAGCAGGUUUCAGCACUUAGAGCAAAUAAGGCAACACUUCUGGAAACGUUGGACUAACGAAUACAUUGCGGAACUACAACAACGUUCGAAGUGGCGCGCUGAAUCAAGACAUUUGAAGAUCGACGAUCUUGUCCUUGUAAAGGAGGACAAUGCACCUCCAUUAUGUUGGCGCCUCGGUCGAGUCAACAAGUUGUAUCCUGGUCCUGAUGAUGUCCCUCGUGUCGCUGACGUCGUCACUUCUCAAGGGACCGUGCGAAGGGCACUCAACAAACUAUGCUUUCUACCCUCCUCGGAAGAAGACCUGUCUUGA